AUAUUCCGACACCAUCAUGUUCUUCUAUCACUUCCUAUAACAAUUACCUUGUAUAUGUUCUUCAACAUAUGCGCACCCUUAUUGAAUUCUAUGGCGCAAGACGUUGGCUUCGUAUGCGAUGGAAGUCAUACAUUAACCGUAAUAAGGCAUACAACAAGCUCUGUGAGCGGAUCACCGAUAAAAAUCCAAGAACGAUAGUUGCUUACGGAGAUGGGAAGUUUUCAAGUUGCUCUAAAG